AUGAAAGUCCAUUCUAAUGACCCUGCUAACAAGCCUUUCAAAUGUAAACUUUGUAGCAAGGUAUUUGCAGCUCAAGCCAGACUGAAGGUGCAUAUGGAUUGGCAUUACAACAUCCGGUCACAUACAUGUGAUGUGUGUGGUAAGUCAUUUCUGACGAAGGGUAACCUGGACAAGCACCAGUAUGUCCACAAGGACAAGAAACCUCAUGAAUGUCAGAUUUGUUUCCAUGGAUUUGUGGACCUGCCAAGUCUCAGGAAACAUCUAGAUGUAAUACACAAGAUCACCCUGAAGAAGGUAGUGACGCAGAGAGUGCAUGAAGCCAACGAUGCCAAAGAGUUGGGAGGAGAUGGUAUCCAUGCUCGUAAACCUGCUACCACACCAUCUUCACCCCUCAAACUCAGGGUCUGA